CAAGCAUUGUUAGAUGAAAUUAAAAAUCUACAACAAGAAAAUAAGACUUACAAAGAACAAGUGAAAACAUUAACAGCACUAAUUGAAAGUUGUAAGAGUUGUCAAUUACAAGCCCAAGUAGAAAUCUUGCCUAAAUAA